CUGUUUGUUUGUUUCUGCUGUAUUUCUGCAAGAUGGCUGCAGAACAAUAAUAUUUACAAGUGAUCAGGCAGCUAGUUUUGCAAAGUUUUGUGAGAAUCUACUUGUUUUUUGAAGAAAGGUUAUUUGAUCGUAUGCCUUGUGUACGCCACAUUUUUAAUCAAUAAAUUAUAUUUGAUAACUAUCAGAAACAAUGGCUGAUGGAGGUGGAUGGUGGGGUUCUUUAAGUGGAGUCGUCAGUGCUGCAAAGAAUAAAUCAGCAGAAGUCUUGGAGUUUGUUAAGAGAGAUUUUGAUGAAUUAUCUUCUACGGUUAAAAAUGAAGCAUCACAAGUUGUUAAUUCUACCACAUCUGUACUCAAGGAACAACUUAGUUUUGAUCAGCCGGAAUCUACUGUGAACACUAUGAAACGCAGCAUGUCUUCCUUCUUAGGUACUGUUAAUAAUGUUUUGAAUCCUGCCCCUGAUGACAGUGACCAGGAAGCUAUGGUCAUGCGAGGCAAUGUACCUGUGGUUCUAUCAAGGUUUCAGGCUCAGCUUCACACAUUAAUGACUUGUGAGGAUACUUUCACUGUUGAGCCUUCCAAUUUAGAAGAAGCUCAAUUCUCUGCUUGGUUGGAAAUUCAAGAAGACUUGUUAAACACUGAUAACCUUAAAAAGCUUAUGGUAACUCAUGCUGAACUUCAUGCUCAGUAUGUCAAACUUGUUCCAUCAAAGGUGAAUCAUGCAGACUUCUGGCAAAGAUUCCUGUUUAGAAGGGCUCUACUUGAAGAUGAAGAAGCUCACCGUGAAGCUCAAGAAAGACGGCAACAACGUGAGGCCCAAGAGGCUGAACAUUACUUGCGUAAUCAAGAAGAUGAAUUAUCUACCAACAAACUGGAUAUCUCAGAUGAAGAGCAAACUCGAUUACUUCAGGAAUAUGAAAAUGAGUGUAAGACCAAAUCAUCAGAUGAAGAAGGGACUGUAGAUAGCUCAAAGUCUACAUCUCCCCUUAAACUACCUCUUAAGGAAAAUCAUUACUCUGAUGGGAAAUCUCCUGAAUCUGGAAAUGUGCAGCCCUUAUCAGAUGAAGAAUCUGAAACAUCUUUGAUUGUAGAUGCUAAAAACAAACUUUUCUCAUUUGUGAAGACAGCCAUCGACUCUUUGGAUCUUCUUGAAAAUGAAUACGAGACAGAAGAGUCUUCAGUUAGUAGUUAUGAAAAGUGUCCAAAGAAAGGAGAAAGUAUUGACAAUGAGGAGGUUGAUUUGAGUUCUAAUUUGGAAAUUACAAUAAAAGAAAAGGGUGAUAUGGUGGUGCUUGGAAGCAGCAAAGAUAGGGGUGAUAACGACACAACAACUGAAGACAGCACCGCAAUAUCGUCAUCUUCAUCUUCAUCUACCACAUUACCUGAUGAUGAAUGGGAGAAACUUCAAGCUGGUGAAGAUUGAAAUACAGCACAUUUUAUACUUGUCUUCAACUCGUUAGCAUUUUGUGAUGGAAACUAUAGUUCAGUCAGUGGUUUUGUUGUAUUUAACACACCAAUGUUGAUAUGUAACAGGCUAACUCAAAGGAUCAUUUUGGUAACAAAUUUCUUCAUGAAAACAUGGGGAUAGGAUUCUCAUGCGUAGAGUUCCUUUUCCCAUAUUGCAAUUUACUUGAAUGCCUUUGUGGGAGGCAAAGCAGAAUGUGUAUCUUACCUUACAUCUUACACUGUGGAUGGCUCCGGCGUUAUUCAUGCAAUGAAACCAAAGCUCUCGCUUUAAAUUUCUGUAACAACCAUGGGGUUUUCUUCCCCCUUACCUUGCUAAAAACCACCACUCAUUAUAAAAUCAGGAGAUGAUUGGUAUCUUGGUAUCAGAUGUGCCUUAUGCAAUAUGUCCAUUACAUCCAAGUGUAGUGUAUGAUAUAGUAUUUGGAGUGUAAUAUGGUAGAUGAAUUAUUCUGAGUUACUUUAUUAAUGUCGAUACUUCUGACCAGUUUCUACCAAGAGUUUUUGUCCUCUGUUAGGUUUAGUGAGCAUUAUCACCAUUUUAUCACUAGUUUCUUUUUUUUAUCUGUACAGGUCCUGAUUUUUUCUGGGUUUAAUCUGUGGCCUGAUAUUAAUACCUAAUCCUCAUUAAAAUUGGUACAUCCAUGCUUUGUGCCAUUGGACUUAUCAAUCAAGGAAGGGUAAACACACAGAUGACUGAUCUUCAGAGCUCAUUCUUUUGCUCCAAAAAAGUAGUUCUACUAUUCUGGUACAAAAUUUGAACUAACAAUUUAAAAAUUGACUUUCUACCCUCACAAGUAUGUAUAUUUUGAAAUUAGAAAAAUAUUAUCCACUGUCAUGUACUUUGACAACACAUACCUCUCCUAAGUAAAGCAGUAAAAGGGAGGAAAGAUUAUUUUACCUGUUAGCAGUGGAUUUUUAUAAGACCACAAGCAAAAUGUAAUGUUCUGCUUCAAAAAUACAUUUUAUCUUGUCUUGUGCAUACUCUAUGUUCAGAUAUUGGGAAUUGAAAGCGUGAAGAUUUUACUGGUCCUUAGAUGGGUUCAAUUAGAUGAGAGUUUUGUCAAAUUCAUUUUACUAUGAAAGCUGAUAUACAUCAGCUGGUACGUAUUUCUUACUUUAUCUUCUCAAUCAACUCAAAUUUCUCUCUCAUCUACUUGUUCCAUGUGCAAUCAACUUAUCAUUUUAAAUAAUAUUAUUGAAUUAGAUUAUCUACAAUUUAUAAAAUCACUUACGGUAUGAACUUAGGAUAGUCAGAUGUCAUCAAGGGAAGGAAAGGUUCAUCUGUUUGUAAUGUGUGUACAUGUUAGAUUGCAAGCUCGAUCAAUACAUUCAUGCAUUGUGACUAAGAGGCGAAACUAUAUUGGACUGUAAAUAUAUAGUAGCUGCUUAAAGGCAGAUUUCAUUAAUGACUCUAUUGCUGUUAUUCUCUCUAGAGCACAUGAUGUUGAUGGAAGUUGAGUGAUAUAUGGUUGAGUCUCCAUACUCAGGAUAAAGCAUGGGCAUGUGUGCUAAUUGAGAUUUUAGUCUGCUUUUAUACUGUAUCUGAUGUCAGUGACUUUGGUUUGGUUGUCUGGGGAGAAAUGUCUGAGAUUGAAUAUAUUUCCAGAAGAAAUAUUGCUACAUAUUUGGGAUUCAGCAAUUGUAUUUUACUGUAUCUUUUUCUUAGUUUCUCGUGUAUAACAUAUACAGUACUGCUACAUAUUUUGGUCUUUUAUCAGAAUAUUUAAUCUAUACUAGCAUGUUCUUCUGUUUUGUUUUGCUCUCAGCAGUAGUGCCAAAUUUUACAACAUGUAGCAUUUGGUAAAGACACACAUAAUCAGGUCAUGGUCUACCAAUUUUUAGUGAGUCUUUUCAGCACCUUUGGCAGUCCUCGCCUUCUACAAAUUUGUACACCAAAUUACGAAAUAUUAACUGCUGGACAAAAGUCUGCUGACCUGUGAGAGUAUACUGAAUCCAAAUUGCUUAAAAGUCUGAGUGACCACUGUUUUCUUCUGUCUGCUCUAUUCUCAUGUGCUAGGUCCAGAAAAGCUUGUUAUUAUUUUUAUUUUGUUAUUCAAAACUUAAAGAAAUAAAACAAUUCACUUUUAUGAUGGAUA